AUGGAAAAAGUAGUCACAGGAAAUGAAAUCCCCAUGGAAGCAUUGUAUGACACAUUUGAGGUACCAACAUCCAAACAAUUUGAAACUAUAUGUUUUAGCACCAGAAAAUGGAAAAGAAUGGAAACACUGGAAUUAAACCCUAAGCGGAGGCGUCCAUUACUCUCAUCAGACAAUGGAUAUAAACCUGGAAAGUCUUGCUUUGGUGUUGCUGGCAGAGUAGUGUUUGCUGUGAUGAAAGAGGCACACAUGAAAGCGACAGUCCUGGCAUUUGAAGGCAUUAUCUGCCUAAUCAAGAAAUAUAUGAGUACUGAUUGUUUUGAGAUUCUUCUCAUCUGGAAUACUAUGUUGAUACAUUUGUACAGUGAUAACAACCAUGCCUUAGAGGGAUUCAAUGCAACAUACACUAUAACAGAUUGUCCAUAUAAUUGCAGUAAGCAAGGAGACUGCCGAAAUCAUACAUGUGUUUGUCAUUUCUGGUUUACAGGAAAAGGCUGUGAGAAGCGCUCAUGUAGUACUGAUUUAUGUCAUGGUCAUGGAAAAUGUGAUACCAACAAAGAACGUUGUAUCUGUGAUGAUGGUUAUGUUGGUGCAAACUGUGAUCUGCUACUAAAGAAUGACAGUGGGCAAGGGCAGUGGUAUAUAUUGUCAAAGUCAAGUAAUAUUUUCACACCUAGGACUGGCCAUAUUGGUAUUUUUGUACCAAAGUCAAAUAGUUUAUGGAUAUUUGGUGGUUUUACAUUAAAUAAGAUAGUUAAUGAUUUAUUAUAUUACAGCUUUAACACCAAUCAGUGGGAAAAUGUCUCAAAAACCUCUCCAUGGCCUGUACCUCGUUAUGGACAUGCUGGUGCUGAAUUUGAAGAUUGUUUAUAUAUUUAUGGUGGAAUCAUAGCAACUAGAGUAUACUCUGAUGAACUCUGGAUGUUUAACACUACUUUAGGUCAUUGGUAUCUUAUAGCUGAAAAAAAUCGCCACACACCACCUAGUUUGACAAGUCAUACCUUAACAAGAGUGAAUAACUGGUUGUAUUUGUUUGGAGGACUUCUUAUGAAUGGAUCAUUUUCUUCAGAUAUGUAUCGGGUAAAUUUAACCUCAGGAGUUUGGGAACAUGUUAAAAUCAGAGGUGGAAGAACAUUUAUGAGACGUCUUGCUGGCCAUACUACUGUCUUUCACCAAGAAUCAAACUCUCUUUUAGUUUUUGGAGGUUUCUGGAUGGAAAGUGCUUCUGCUAGUCAACGUACAAAUAGCCUUCAUGCUUUUCAUUUAAAGGAAAGAUACUGGUCAAAAAUGGCUCAUCCUUACACCCAAAGCAAACAUCGGCCUAGAGUAAUUGCACAUCACUCUGCUGUGUUAAUGGGUAACUAUCUAGUAAUCUUUGGAGGAAACUCACAUGUACAUAAUGAUUGGAAGAUCUGCUAUGAUGGUGAAUUAUAUUUAUACAAUAUUGGAUGCCAUACCUGGGUUAGUCAUGGAGCUCUUGAAGAACGAAUAAUGUCAAAAAUGGAGGAAUUUAGGACAUCUAACAUGCCAAAGGUAGGACGCUUUGGCCAUUCAGCAGCAGUUGCAUAUGGCAAUAUCUUAUUAAUAGCAGGAGGAUAUGCAGGCCGUGUUCUUGGUGAUCUGGUUGCUUACAAAGUACCCUCAUUAAUAGCUAGUUCACAUCCUGAAAUAGAAAUUGACUACUGUGAAGGAGUUGACAUUGAGAGUAUGUGCUUGGAAAAUCCAGAAUGUUUGAUGUGUGAAUUGAAAGAUACCUUAGCUUUAGGUUGUGUUCACUACAAUAAUCGUAAGGUCAACAAUUCAGACCAUAUCAUAGCUACUGUUGAAAACUCACCAUUAAAGCAACCCAUCAUUUCCCCACAACUAACUACCACUGCAAUAUGA